CCCGUAACGCUAAAAUUGACGGCGGACAGAGAUUAUUGGUAAGUGGUCGAGAUUAGAUAAUAAGAGGAUCAAAGUCGGGGUAUCUGGAUUCUGCAUGCUAGGACCGUUACCAUGGAGAAUAGUGUUCCGGGUUUUCGGAAUAUUACCCCUCUAAGGCCAAUACCCACCUACACCCUCACAUCCUACAGACAAACAGACAAUGACAGCAAAAGCAGCACCAAAGACGGCAAACUGUUCCAGCCGUGGAAAUCAGAAGUCGGGCAUUCCCAGCCGAUAAAACCGGAACCAAGGGCCGUGUUUCCCCACUACAUAAACCCCCACCCCGCGGACAUCCUCAACUACUACAAGGAGCACUGGAAGUUUCUCCAAGCCUCGCUUUCGUUUGCGGCAACAAAACCAGCAGCGCCAUCUUUGGUGGACCCGGAAUCAUUCCAUUCCAGUCGACAACUUCCGCCCGAGCGCGUACAAAGUUUUCCGUCGUCUGCCUCCAACCUGGUCGACCUUCAAAACACAGUCAUAGCUGGGCGGAAGCUGUUCCCCUGUCCACAGUGCCGUUACACCACGGACCGGCGGAACAACCUCAAGAGACACCUACUAACCAUGCACCAGCAGUCCUCCAAACUUUUGGAAUGCUGCGGGAUUGUGUUUGGUACCAAGGCUUCUUUACGUGAACACUCCAUGAUUUUUCAUUCCCAUGGUUACGUGUGCUUAUAUUGUGGUAGGCGAUUUUGUAGAAAAGCUCUAUUGAAGCGACAUCUGUCGGUUCACAACGGGAAAAAGGACUUCCGGUGUCAUCUGUGCGAUUACGCAACUAGUCACAAAAGUAAUCUGGAGCGACACAGGAAGGUGCACGUGCGACAGACUAACUCGGACAGUUCAAGCGAAACCCGAUCCUCAGCAGACGACAGUUCGUUUACUCCGGAACAGUCAUAUGUCGCCGACUCCUCGUCAGCAGAAACAUCAGAUGAAGAAAUUGAUGUCAGUUCGGACUAAUUUACAGAAAUAAAAUCAAUUUUUUUAAAUUUUCGAAUCAUUGAUAUCAUAGAUAUAUUUUAUUCAAAUAAUUUAUAUAAAAAUAAGCAAAUAUUUAAUAUUUUUUGUUUUGAAAUGUUAUUUUUUUUUAUUUCAUGUUUACCACACCACUAUGACGUGGUCAAAUGUUUGUAGAUAUUUUUAGUGUCAUAUUUGAAACAUAAUAUAUAUGUAUAUGAAUUCAGUACAGAGUUAAUACAUUCCUUUUUAGAAUCCAAUAAAACUUUUCCUGAUCCAUUACAAUCUAUGAUUCCAUCACCUGUCUUUGCCUGGGCUAUAGGCACGUGAGAUUUGGGCAGGGAGAAUGUAUGCUGUGUGUGUGGGAGUGUGUUGGAUGACAGAGAAUCAUGUCUGUGGUUAGUUGUUAAAUACAUUUUUCCUCAUCUUUCUCGUAAUGUCUUGCACUCACGCCAUUUUAGCCACAAUCCAGCUCUGAGGGCGUUGACCAAAACUAUUUUAUUUUUGAGGAGAGAUACGCAAUAAAAUUUGAAGAAAAAAGUUGAUCUCUUUCUUCUU